UAUAAAUCAUUCAUGUCAUCGUGCCAUUUUUGUUAUUUUAUCAGAUUGAUCACCAUUUUCGUAAUUUCUAAAUUUUAAUAAACAAAAAUGCUUAUUUUGCUUUGAAUUUAGGUUAAAGAUGAAAAUGAAAUGAAGAUGUUAUUGCGUUUAUCUAAUAUAGACCCGUUAAAUGAAGUUUUCUAGUUAAUGAGGCUCUUUGACGUAUCUAUGACUCUGAUUUCUUUUGUUUGCGUUGUGUAGGAGCCUACCGACGAUAAUACGCACACGGGACAUCAGCGCUGGUGUUGAGCGACUGAAUAUCAGUUCUAGAGACUAGAGUCCAAGACAUUGGUGGAAAGGAAAAAUGAAAACGAAGCUGGUUUUGGUCUAUUUUUGUAUCGCUUGGGUGACGCUUGCGAUAUAUGCCGGUAACCUGGCACUUCGCCAACCAACCGCUUCUUUGAAUUCUUGGAAUAAUCUAGCACACCCUAGUUUGGCAACAGACGGUAAUGAAAGGUCGACAUUAUCCCAAUAUAAUGAAUUAUGGUGCUCUGCAACUUCACCUGACGCUACUCACGGUGGAUGGUGGCGGGUGGACCUGGGGCGAACCUACGUGGUUGAUGAAGUUUUCAUUAUAUCAAGGACUGAUGGUUUUCCGGAAAGAGCUAAUGGAUUAGAAGUCAGAGUGGGGGACAGCCUUGACAAAAAUGGGACAGAGAAUGCCAUUUGUGGAGAGAAAAUAAGCACUGGACCAGUCAACAAGCCUAUCUACUGCAGGCCGGGACUUCGAGGCCGCUAUGUCGUUCUAUACAUCCCAGCAGUAAAUAGCAGAAUAGAGAUAUGUGAGGUCAAGGUCAACGUGAACCCUAACGCAAAUCUUGCAUUGAGCAAAUCCACUGCCCAGUCAGCUGUUGCGAAUAAUGGUGUUGCUUCACGAGCUGUUGACGGUAACACAGAUGGCAAAUGGGAUCAUAGCAGCUGCACGCAUACGCCUUCCGAAGCCAACCCGUGGUGGCGCGUGGACCUGGGUACCACUAAACCGGUCUUUGAAGUGUUCCUGGUGAAUCAAUUGACUUCGGAAAGGCUACAUAACGCUGAGAUCAGAGUUGGCGAUGAUCUGACUGAUAAUGGUAACGCCAACCCUCGCUGCGGAGACAUGUUUUCCUUGGCCGGACUACAUAAGCUAUCCAUCUACUGCAAGCCGAGAAGAGCAGGACGCUACGUGAACGUGCGUCUCGUUGGAUCUUGGGUGAUACUCACCCUGUGCGAGGUUGAGGUGUACUCAGAAGGCAAAGCAAUAAUUCCCAAUAGACCGCCACCUGAAAUGAUUAUUAUCUACGAUCUUAAGCCGUUCAACCAAUCAAUCAAUCUAACCUGCCCUGAGCACUACGGGUUCCCUGUGCCAGAUGUGGCCUGGGUACUGAAUGGCAAAGUGUACCAAAACAGCACGAGUAGUCACUUCCGGACACCAGUAAUGGACAAGACGUUUGCAAAUUUGACAUGGGAGUGCAUUGUGUCGAACAAACACGGCUCUGACUUCUACCAGUUUCCUGUUGAGCUCCGUAGUCAUUUUGCCAUGUGCAAAGCGCACAAAAACGUCCAAGUAACCACGAGAGGAGUUUUUCAUUCUGGCACUAAUGAACAUGACCGUGGAAUGGAUUUCGCAAAAUGGCGCAAAUUUCAAAUGGACGAUCUCUCACCAAUGCAGAUCCCCGAGUCGUGCAUCCCGAUUAAUCGAUGCUCUACUAAGGCUACUGGCUGGAUGACGCAACCUCACCCAGACGCCCGCGAUGGUGUGGUACAGAGGACGGUGUGCUUCCACUGGGAUGGUGAUUGCUGCCAUUAUCAAGUGUCAAUCAUGGUUCGCGGUUGCCUUGGAUACUACGUAUACAAACUACCUAGUGUCAACUUUACAAUCAAUGCCAAAUAUUGUGCAGAUUUUCCCAAGAAGAAAAACAAUGGUAACGUUAUUAUGAUGUCACAGUACGCACCGCAAACCAAUCACGGCUAUGCAUUACAAGGUCACGUGGUAGCCACAGAGCAGGACGUCACGGAGGGUGAUUGCGUUACAUAUUGCUCCCUCGAUUCCAGGUGUCAGUCCAUAAAUUACUUCGAAGACGGCGCUCUUUGCGAGAUCAAUAACUCCACAAGGCACGAGAGCGCAGAUGAUUUGGUGACGAAAGCAGGAGCUGUUCACUACGAACCUCUACUGUUUGACCAGAUUACUUAUAACUGAUGCCCACCACCACGAAGACUACCUUGUCCCAACCUCGUUUCCAGGGUCCUCUCCCUUUCCUACGUUGCCCUACUCAAUUUUGAAGGGAGCAUUUUUUGUUUGUUUGUUUUUAUUCAAUUUUCAUCAUUUAUAGCUCAUGACCCCCAAUGUUGUUCCCCUUUUUUUCCUUUUCAAGUUCAUUAGUAUGGCGAUUUUGAACGCAAUUUUGAAGUUUGUUGUUCACCCCCCAUUUUUCAGGCUGAUUUUCGGCCCAUUCGUUGUGUUGGUAUAUUCUUAAAACAUCCCAAUCCAAAAUGACUGAUUACAAAGCCAUUUCAAAUAUUUUGUUGAAUGUACAAUGCAAGGUCUUCUGUGAGAUAUUAGCGUAUUUCUUAGAUAUCUCAAAAGAACAGCAAGCAAUUGUAAGUGUUACUUAAUUUUUACUCAAAUUGACAUUUUCGUCCAUCAAAUUGAGCGGAAUGAGGUAGUCCUUAUGGCCCUGGGAAACAUUUUUAUACACAAAGAACCUUCAUGCAAAGAACGGUCAAGCCUAUCAAAGACCGAGAAAGGGAGCUUGCCCCCUUUCCAUUUUGAAUUGUUGAACCUCGUUGCCUCUUACGGAAUGGUCCGUGACCAUACCUGUCUGCAUCUUUUUGCAUUAUACAGGAUUCACUAACAGUCAGAAGCAAUACGAUGGUGUGUGUCACGUCAAUGACGACGGUUCAACGAACCAGGGCUUCUUAGCCCGACAUCGUGGUCGCUGUACUACAUGAUUUUUCUCAUGUCUCAAAAAAGCAUUAGAAAAUAUUUCACGCAUGAGUGGCAUCGUGUAUGAUUUGCAAAAAAAAAAAAAAAAAAUACACACGUUACAAUGGCACACAGAAGCCAGACUAAGCAUCUUAAGAUGCAAGGAACCAAAGGCCACAAAAGACAAGCACCUUGGCUCUUGCUAUAGAAAACGUAACGAGCUCUUGAGAUGUACGGGGCUGCCACUUCAUCAACAGCUACAAUUGCACUAGUCUUCUCUUCCCCAAGCUAGUCUCGGUUUGCUUUUCUAAUUCGGAUCUAAAAUGGCGGAAAGUCGAAAAUCUGACAAGUUGAGGGGGGAAAUAUGAGUGCCCAGCAAAGAGACGUCUGGGGAUGACGUUAUGGAGUCCCGGUAUUUCUUACGUCGAGACUCUUGACAAGGCCUUUGAAACCAAUACAUAAAGGGACCGCUGUUCUCUCCAAUAAUGUUAAUAGGACGUUAAACUAGUUAUUACAACACACACGGAGGAUGUCUCUGUUGGAGGCCAAUCAUUAAUAGGCAAGAUAUCAAGAUUUCGGGUACACCAUUGUCGCUAGGCAAGAUAUCAAGAUUUCGGGUACACCAUUGUCGCCAGGCAAGAUAUCAAGAUUUCGGGUACACCAUUGUCGCCAAGAACAACGAUAAACAAGAAUGACAUCGUGUGGCAUUGUAAGUAAACAAGAUAACAAUAUUUGGGUUACACCAUUAUAGCCAAUAACAACAAUAAACAGUGCGAGCUCGUGUGGCAUUAUAAAUAGAGUAUCAAGACUUUGUUGGGUUACACCAUCGUCGCCAAAACAAUGAUAAACAUGAAUGAGUUCGUUUGUAAUUGUAAACAUAGACAUCGAGAUAUCGAGAUUUGGGAACACCAUUGUCGCCAAUAACAAUGAUAAACAUGAAAGAGUUCGUGUGUUUUUGUGAAUAUUGACAUCGAGAUAUCGAGAUUUGGGGAACACCAUUGUCGCCAAUAACAAUGAUAAACAUGAAGGAGUUCGUGUGUUUUUGUAAAUAUAGAAAUCGAGAUUUGCCGAACACCAUCGUCGCCAAAACAAUGAUAAACAUGAAUGAGUUCGUGUGUCAUUGUAAAUAUAGACAGCGAGAUAUCGAGAUUUGGGGAGCACCAUUGUCGCCAAUAACAAUGAUAAACAUGAAGGAGUUCGUGUGUCAUUUUAAAUAUAGACAUCGAGACUUCUAUAGGAGACGUAAGGUCCCUGGGCCCUCCGCUUUCUGUCCAAUAAAAAACCAGGUACUGAAUGUUAUAUACCUUAUUACACUUAAUUUUCGCGUCACUUUAAUAUUGCGAGUUUCGCGAUUUUUAAAGAUUCGCGAAAAUUAAGUGUCGCGCAAAUUAGGAUGCGCGAAAAUUAAGUGAGUACACAAGAAGCCUUUGGGGGAAUAUUGGCCGUUUAAUGGAAACACUUUGUCUAUUUAGUCAUCUAAUGUACAUAUAGUACGGUAGAUUUUUAUGAGUCUAAAUUUACCCCACGCAUCAUUCCACACAUUGUUUCAGUUUUGAUGAUUACAGCACAUUUUAAUCCCAUUUGUUUUGCUUGGUUUUAUUAUCCCAAAAUCGCGAAAAUAAAGAGAUCUGAUUCUUACAAAAAUUUGGUAAAUAAUGUGGUAUCGGGAAAAUACCACCGUUUUGACAUCUCUCUCUAUAAUGCUCCAGGAAAACCGAAAAAACCUGGAGCCGUGUGUAAGAAUAAUAGGAGGCGACAGGUUGUCUAUCCCAGUACCUAAACAACUAAUUUAUCGAGUAUUUCUUCAUUCUUGUAUUUCGCCCCUCUGGACCUAAAGAACACCAUCACGCGAUAAGUCUUAGAAAUAACUGCACUUAGGUGUCUCAGGUAAUGUUUCGGAUCGGAGAAAAGGUAAAAGAGAGAUUCAUUGCGUGUGAACUCCCGAUGCCAAAGUUAAAUAUCGGCCCUAUAAUCAAAAGGAAACUUGUCAUAUUUAACCCAUAAACUGACAACUAUAGUUAACUAAACUAUACAAUUUUGGCGCAGACGUGGUUUGCCCUUGUGGUCCAAUUCAAACAAAAUAAGUUUAAAAAUACACGUCGUGGAAGAAAAACAACCUACACUGCUGGAUCGCAAACAGAAUGUAUGUAGAGCAAAUAAAAAGGGAAACGUUUUAUUCCGGUUAUCUUAAUAUUAUAUUUGUGUUUCUCUCACGUUGUGAGUCUUGUACAACAUCGUUGUCGAGAGGAAUAAACCGGUACCUCCACC